AUGCGCUCCCCCAGGUCCUUGAAGGACAUCCAACAAUUAAACGGAAGGCUGAUUGCGCUAAAUCGUUUCUUAUCAAAAGUGGCUGACAAAACCCUCCCUUUUAUGAAGGUAUUAAAAGACUGCCUCCAGACCAGCAAAUUCAACUGGACCGCCGAGGCCGAAACCGCCUUUCAGGAAAUAAAAACCUACAUCUGCAAGCUCCCAGCGUUAGCCACCCCGGUGCCCGGGGACCCACUGCUCCUUUACCUAUCUGCCUCUAAGACGACCAUAAGCGCGGUCAUGAUGGUGGAACGGGAGGGGAAACAGAUCCCCAUAUAUUUCAUCAGUAGAACACUUAAGAGGCCCGAGGAACGGUACAUGCCUUUAGAGAAAUUUGCAUUAGCCCUAGUCUUUGCGUCUCGGAGGCUCAGAAGAUACUUCCAAGGGCAUAAGGUCACCUUAGUAACUGAUCAACCCCUCCAGAAGGUGCUUAGAAAACCGGACCAGUCAGGGCGACUGGCUAAAUGGGCCGUCGAGCUGGGAGAACACUCUCUGGAGUUCAAGCCCAGGACAGCCAUGAAGGGACAAAUACUGGCCGACUUCCUAGCAGAAGUACCCGAGGACGAAGAGAGGGAACUGCAAAGGUGGGAAACUUUGGAGGAAGAAGAAAAAAAGAGGGGGGACGAGGCCGUCUGGAAGCUGUUCACCGAUGGAGCAUCUAGUGAAGAAGGGAAUGGUGCAGGCAUCACGUUGAUAAGCCCCGAGGGGGUUGAGCUGACAUAUGCUAUAAGGUUGGAUUUCGAAAACACCAACAAUACCGCCGAGUACGAAGCCCUCUUGGCAGGAAUGAGAUUGGCACAGAAGAUGAAAGCAAAACACGUGGAGGCCAGUACCGAUUCACAGUUGGUAGUGAAGCAGUAUCAGGGGGAAUAUGAAGCGAAGGAUAGCAUCAUGGCUCAGUAUGUGGCGAAAGUUAAGGAGACAGCUAAGGCAUUCAGAACCUUCAAACUGGAAUACAUCCCUCGAGGGAGGAACAGAAAGUCUGAUGCACUCAGCAAGUUAGCUUCAGUAGCAUUCGACCACCUCGCGAAGGAAGUCAAAGUAGAGGUCCUGACAUCCCCCUCCCUGGACGUUACGGAAGUGGCCAUAGUCGAAGGUGCCCAAGAAACAUGGAUGACCCCGAUCAUUAAAUUCCUCCGGGACGGGACCAUACCUGAAGGGGAAUGGGCGGCCAGAAAGGUAAGAGUCAAAGCCCUACAAUAUGAACUGAUUGGGGAAGAGCUAUACCGAAGGUCGUACCUGGGUCCGUCCCUAAAGUGCAUAGACAUGGAAGAGGCCGAAUAUGUGAUCAGGGAAAUGCACGAGGGAAUCUGUGGGAUGCACUCAGGACCAAGAACGGUUGUAAGAAGGGCAAUGAACGCAGGAUUCUACUGGCCACGAAUGUACGAGACGGCAUCUGAAGAAAUCAAGAAGUGUGAUAACUGCCAAGUACAUGCACCAAUGACCCACCAACAUAAACACCCCAUGGUCCCGGUCUCGACAUCUUGGCCAUUCCAAAAAUGGGCCAUCGACAUAAUCGGGCCUUUCCCGGAGGGUCCCGGGGGGGUCAAAUACGUGGUGGUGGCCAUUGACUAUUUCACUAAGUGGAUCGAAGCGAAAUCCUGGCAAAGAUCACCGGAGAUCAAAUGA